AUGCUCACUGUCUUAGUGCCGGAGAUGGUUGGCUGCAGUGUUUUGCGCCAGGUCUGGUUUGGCUGGCGGCGGAGCCUAGGGUUUCGCUUAGCAUCCAAGGCCUCAGGCUUUGGCACCAAAGCCCGGCAUCAGCUACAACCUCGAGCCUCCAGUAAAUGGUCGGGACGCUCCGGGGACCAGCCAUUCCUGGGUUUGAUGCGGCUGGAGAACCUCAGUCACGAAGAGCUGGUUGAUGUGCUGAGGGCAGCCGUGUUGGAUCAAAAAGGACCUCUGGUGACAGUCAACAAGCCACAGGGGCUGCCAGUAACAGGCAAACCAGGAGACCUGACACUGCUUUCUGUGCUGCCAGAGUUAAGCCAGUCCCUGGGGCUCAGGGAGCGAGAGCUCCAGGUUGUCCGAGCACCUGGGAAGGAUUGCUCUGGGCUUGUACUCCUUUCCAGUUGUCCCCAGACUACAAAUCACCUUCAGAAGUUCUUCACUCACUCACGGAGAGUCCAAAGACCCACAGCCACCUACUGUGCCAUCACUGAUGGGAUCCCAGCUACCUUUGAGGGGAAGAUCCAAGCAGCUCUGAAACUGGAACACACAGAUGGGGUUGAUCUCGUAGUUCCAGUAAAGCCCCCAUCCCGAAGAGACAUCCUGGAAGGUGUCAAGAGGACCCUCAGCCACUUCCGUGUGGUAGCCACAGGCUCUGGCUGUGCCCUGGUUCAGCUGCAGCCACUGACAGUAUUCCCCAGCCAACUGCAGGUGCACAUGAUCCUGCAGCUCUGUCCUGUGCUCGGGGACCACACGUACUCUGCCCGUGUGAGCACUGUCUUGGGCCAGCGCUUUCUACUGCCAGCUGAGAGCACCAAGCCCCAAAAACAGGUCCUGGAUGAAGCCCUCCUCAGACGCCUCCGCCUGACCCCCUCCCAGGCUGCACAGCUGCCCUUGCAUCUCCACCUGCAUUGUCUUCUCAUUCCAGGUCCUGGGCCCCAGGAGGCCCCCAUAGAGCUCCUGGCACCCUUUCCCCCUUAUUUCUCAAGGACCCUACAGUGCCUGGGACUCCACCAACAGCAGUCAUCCCUUUGUUCCUGA